AUAUGAGGUCAAUAUACAACCCAGUUCGCUGGCUGUGCCCACACUCCCCGGGCGAUCGAAAAGAAAAAGAGGAACUUUCCAUUCCCUUGGUUUGUUUUACAUCCGCCGUAAUACUACCGAGAAACACAUUGGGAAGAUGGUGCGGUUACAGCCUGACCCAUUCCUCAAUGAACUUACAAGCAUGUUUGAGCGAACUAUGGAAAAGGGCUCUGUUUGGGUCACACUAAAGCACUCUUCUGAUAAGUCCAAAGCCCAACGAAAUAAACUGAAGACUUCUGGUGAAAAAAUUGAAUAUAAGUGCCUUAUUCGAGCAACUGAUGGAAAAAAGAACAUUUCUACCAUGGUGGGCCCAAAAGAUCACCAGCGUUUUCAAGCUUCCUACGCAAUUUUAUUGAAGGCUCGGAUGACUGCUUUGAAAAAGAGGGAGAGGAAGGACAGGAAGAAGGCUGCAAAUCUUGAGAAGAAACAAGAAGGCUUUAAGAAGCAAUCUGCUGCUACCAAGGCCUCAUCUUGAAUCUUUUCCCAUCUAUGUUUUGUAGGAUAGAGUUUGAAGUUGUCUCCACUGACAGCCACAGUCUGGU